AUGACGCGGAUCGCCAUGUCCAAGGUGGUUAAGGUCGACCCCACGACGCUUGACUCGCUCAACAAACUGACUUCCAAUACCAUCGGAAUCAUCAGUGAGACGUUUGGGAACUGCAACGUGCCCAUCACUACCCACCAUCUGUCUCAUCUUGCCCGGGCUUGCCAGCAACAUGGCCCGCCUGCACAUGUCUCGACAUUUCCGUUCGAGCGCGCGAUCAACCAAUACGGCCGCCUCAUCCGCCCCGGUACUCACGACGAAAUUGUUCCCAGACUGGUGGCCAGAAUCGCACUGCAGGUCAACCCUGUGGUUUCCUACGCUCCAGGUCGCAAGUUUGGGGUGCUGACGCGCUUGCGUGUCCCUGAAGAAACGAUGGAAGCCGUCGUGGCGAAGCUGGCCAAUAACGAGCACGACGCUCCUUCUGGCUCGGUCUACACGGAAGCCUCGGUCUCCAAGCGGAUGGCGGAAUUCAAGGAGAAGGCUCAAGCGUUCCAGACACUGACCAUGUCUGUGUGGGGAUCGCGACCCGUUUCGCUCGCCAAGGUUUUGGCGUAUCGACCAAUCAAUCUGGGUUGA